AUGACGAUCCAUCAAUCCGACCCCAAAAAGAAUGCGAGACCAUUGGAAAAAAAAAAUACUCUCCGCGACGGGGAAUUGAACCCCGGUCUACCAUGCGACAAACGGUAA